AUGGUAAGACUAAGCUGGGCAGCACUGGCCACCGCGGGUACGUCCCUGAAAUCCGGGGUAUUUUGGUGGGCUGUCCCAUCACUGUUUAUCUCGACGUCAACAGCUGUUGAUACCACUAUUGGCUCCAGUUUCUCUGCUAAAGAUGGGAGCAUCAACUUUGCCCUCAACAUUCCCGAGGAUAACGAUAACCAAAGCGAUGAACUGUACUUCGCGAUGCAGGCGCCGUCCGUCAGCACCUGGAUCGCCGUCGGUCUGGGUAGCGACGAGAUGAAGAACUCCCUGAUGUUCAUGGCUUACGCCGAUUCCACAGGCAAGAACAUCACACUUAGCCCCCGGCUCUCGUACGACCACGUCGAACCCUCCCAUACGAAGAACAUCUCCAUCUCAGUAUUAGGAGGCACUAAAAUCGAGAACGGGAACUAUACAGUCAACGCAAUGUGCUCAAACUGCAGAUCCUGGAAAAGAGGCUCUAUCAAUCCUGCGGAGACCGCAACGAAAUUCAUCUAUGCCACCGGCCCAGGUGGGAGCUUGAAGAGUAAUUCGUUGACAGCCGAUAUCAAACGCCACGAUCUCUACGGAACUUUUACUAUGGACUUGACAAAAGCUGUGGGUGUGGCAGGAGUGCCUAUCAUAACAUUUGCCAACUCGAUAGGAACGACCCAGACUUCGGACGAGUCGGACAACGAUUUUGGCCCGCCAGCCCAUGCUGUUCUGAUGAUUCUGACAUUCGUUGGACUCAUGCCGCUUGCAGUUCUGAUACUGCGGGUCUUGAAGAGUCCGAGAUGGCACGGAAUAGCUCAGACGAUAUCUGGUGCUGUAGCUUUGAUCGGAGCUGGUGUUGGAAUAUAUGCUGGGCUGGAGUACAACCGCACUAUGCAUUUCCAAUCUGCCCAUCAGAUCUUCGGUAUUAUUAUCAUAAUCGCCAUGAUCGGCCAAUGGGUCCUUGGCUUCACGCAUCACCGAAUCUACAAGCGAACACAAGCGACUACGAAGCUGGUACCCAUCCACCUAUGGCUUGGAAGAUUUAUCAUCCCAGCAGGAAUAAUCAACGGCUUCCUUGGCUUUCCCCUCGCCCUGAACUCUAGAUAUAACUGGGCAUUGCUGACCUGUGUUCUCCUUGUCAUUGUCCUCGCUGGCCCGUUCGCGUUCUGGAGAUUUCGUAGGGACAACAACCAGAAGCUCACACCCAACGAUGUGUCUGAUGGUUACCAAUCCCAGCCGUGGAACAGUACACAAUCGGUAGCACAAAGGGAUAUCAACUUGAAUCAGAUGAGUUACCCACCCCAGGAUCAGAACCAUUCUCGUAGUUAUCCGCAGCCGACGCAGGGUAGACAUUUUGUUUAA